ACAGUUUCCCUCAUCAAUUCCUUCUUCUUCACACUUUCACCAUGGCUGUAAAUUACGCUAUUACCCUUCCCACCACCCUCCUCCUCUGCUUCUUUGCCGCCGGGCUCCACACGUCAUCCGCCCGUCUGGUUCAGGAGCCGCCCCUCGUGUUGAAUUACCAUAACGGCGUCCUUCUCAAGGGCACCGUUACCGUUAAUCUCAUCUGGUACGGGAAGUUUUCCCCAGCGCAACAGUCUACAAUCGUCGAUUUCCUCACGUCCUUGAAUUCGUGGAAGUCCAAUUCGCCUUCCGUCGCGUCUUGGUGGAAGAUCACGGGCAAAUACGGCGGCGGCGGCUCUUCAAAUAUUGCCGUCGGGAAACAAAUCUUCGACGAAAAUUGCUCGCAGGGAAAGUCAAUUAAAAACGACCAGCUUCCUUACAUAGCUUCCUGGGGCGGGAACUCGACCGGAACCGUUAACCUUGUCCUGACGGCGACGGACGUUUACGUCGACGGUUUCUGUUCGAACAGGUGCGGGACCCACGGGUCGUCUGGCGGGAAAUCUCUGGCGGUCUAUGCAUGGGUGGGCAACUCGGGGACUCAGUGCCCUGGUUAUUGCGCCUGGCCGUUCCAUCAGCCGGUUUACGGGCCACAAUCGCCGCCGCUCAUUCCACCUAACGGAGACGUUGGAGUUGACGGAAUGAUCAUCAACGUAGCCACCGUUUUGGCCGGAGCUGUGACGAAUCCGUACAAAAACGGCUAUUUCGAGGGGGUCGCCACGUUGCCGCUGGAGGCGGUGUCCGCCUGCACGGGGAUAUUCGGGUCGGGCGCAUACCCGGGUUACCCGGGGCAGGUGUUGGUGGAUAAAUCCACGGGCGCGAGCUUCAAUGCGUAUGGAGUGAACGGGAGAAAGUUCCUGAUACCGGCGAUGUGGGACCCCAAAAGUUCUACCUGCUCGCCCCCAGUAUGAUUUCACCCGGUUAGGAGUGUGGGGUCAGGUCGCUCGGGAAUUUACCACAGUAAAAAAUCUUUCAUUAGUGAUGAAAUGCAGAAAAAACACGCAAAUUCCAAACGCUUGAUUAGUUAAUUUGUCUGUUAAUGAUCUAUUUUUUUUUCUUUUUUAUGAUUUACCUAACGUGAUCCGGAUCCUCUUGUUGCCUGAACAAUGUAAUGAAUAGAAUAUACAGUACGAAUUAUUAAAUAUAUUGUACGUAUAUCAAUAUUUAAAAUAGAAAUAAAUAUCUCUUUCAAUGAGAGUGAAGUUGGUUUCCAC